AGGGAUGUGCUGAUUGGCUGAGCUGCACCAGGGGCGUGCCUCUUGCUCGUGUGAGGUGGGGUAAAGAUGUCCACCGUUCGCGAUGGAAAGAAGCUGGUUCGGUCUCCCAGCGGGCUUCGUAUGGUCCCGGAAAACCGAGCGCACUGCAGCCCUUUCUGUCUGGAGGAACCGCCUUGGGUGCCUGACAAAGAGUGCCCUCGGUGUAUGCACUGUGAUGCAAAGUUUGACUUCAUAACCAGGAAGCAUCACUGCCGCAGGUGUGGGAAAUGCUUCUGUGAUAAAUGCUGCAGUAAGAAAGUGCCUCUGCCCCGCAUGUGCUUUGUGGAUCCCGUGCGUCAGUGUGGAGAAUGCUCUGUCAUUUCUCAGAAGGAGAUGGAAUUCUAUGACCGCCAACUUAAAGUUCUGAUGAAUGGAGCUACGUUUUCUAUCACUCAUGGAUGCUCUGAAAAAUCUGAAACCUCUGUGUGUCGACUGUCCAACAAUCACAGAUAUUUGUUCCUUGAUGGGGAAAGCCAUUAUGAAAUAGAAGUUUCUCGGAUUUUAAGUGUCCAGAUACUCACAGAAGGGUUCACUCCUGGAGAUAAAGAUAUUCAUACUUACACCAGCCUGUUGGAGAGCCAGUGCAUUACUGAAGGAGGAAACAGCCGUGCUAUCGGAAUGCUGCUCCAGUAUAAGAAACAAGGUUCUGACGACUUAAAACAAAUGAAGUUUACUACAAGUGAAGAUAUCAAUUGCAACAAGAAGAUGUCUGCAUCAUGGCUGGCAGCAAUGCACAAGGCAGCAAAGCUCCUUUAUGAAUCUCGAGAGCAGUAACGGAGGAGGAGGAUGAAAACAAGUUGGAUGGGUCCCAAGCAUUAAAGCAGCGGCAUGAGUGGGUGCACCCUAUGGGACCUCACUACAGAUCCUUUGCUGGAAGUAAAAUGGACUCUAAUCUCCUAAAACAUACGCAGUGACACCUUUGUUGUAUCCCUCUGUUUCAGUUUACUGUGCAGUAUAUCCAUUGCAUCAAAUAGUUAAAAACCUGUGCCUAUUAGAAGCUGGUUAAGGGGUUAUGUAAUAAAAACCACAAAGUUUGCCCCGGAGCAGUAACCCAUUGCAACCAAUCAGCAGGUAGCAUGUACUGGUCACCUGUUUAAAGGGGACCUGGCACCCAGGCUUUAAAAUCUGUGCAAUAAAAGUCCUUUCCAACUUGAAAAUGAAACCUAAAUUCUUUCUACUCAAGUAUCCAAACCUGUUAUAACUACUAGUAUCCAUACCUGAUCUGCUCUCACUGAAAUUCUACUACAUUACUCUAACACCCAUCCAGCAAGCACAGGUUUUAGCUAUUUUACUUCCCUGUAUCUGUUACUGCACAUGGGAGAAACAAAGCAGCGGUGCUUCUGCGUGUGCCUGAGGGGAGCGGCGUCUGUCCAACUUCCAUCAAAAGAUCUGUACAGAUAGACAACGACUGCUGAUUUGGACUCGUAUACACUAGUUCCUGUUUGCAAACCAUGUUAAGAGCUAAAUAUAAAGCUGCAGUUUGAGCCUUUUCUAACCCUAAUUAUUUACCUUAAUUGUGCAAUAUAUGUAUACAUGACCUUUAUACUGAUGCUUCAGAUUUAGUCUCACAAGCAAGGCUGUAUAUUUUGUUAUUCUCUGUUCCCAGUGUAGCCCUGGGGUGUUGUGUAGGCCUCGUGUCUGAGGAGAUGAACACUAGAUAAGCCUGGGGAAAUGAACUCACUAAUUUCCUGUGCAAAAAUGAACUUUUUUUUUUUUAAACUAUAGAUCUCAGGUUCCCACUAGUAAAAGCACUCUGGUUUGAGCACUAAAAGUAUUAUUGUGAAUAAAAUAUAUAUAUUUUCUUUUUCCACACUAUUAAUGCUAAUCCCUGCAUUGCAUUGACACAGAAGUGGUAGGUUUCUGAUUAUUCCUCCCAGCAAUGACCGAUGCUGCUCCUGUAGCUGUUUGUUGGAGCAUGCUGGGAAUUGUAGUUAAACAGCUGGAGAACUAGAGGUUGGCUAUGCACUUACGUUUCUCUGUGAGAGUUCAGUGGCACAUCACUGUGAAUUAAAGCUACUGCUUCUUCUGUCAUGAACUAGUCCCAUGCACAGUCACUCCUCUGAGGCCAAACUCACUUACAUUAUCCAUCCCCCUCCAUGGCACAUGUGCAUAUAGGCAGCAACAGACUAUCAUUUGCUACUACAACUGUAUGGCCAGGAUAGUAAAACCAGCAGCAUGCUGAACUACACGUGACGUUGCUGGGAGUUGUAGUUUACAAUCACCGGGGGCUGCAGGUUUUAUUCACCUGUUUUACAGCAAUGGAAGUGCCUUGACCACAUUCUGCAAGUGCUGACAGAUUGAUGGCUGAUCUGUGCCAAUAAAAUAGAACCUGGUUUAUGCUUUGAGGGCACAAAGUAGCAAUAGAGCAACAAGGUUGUAACUACACGACCCAUUUAAAUGGCCCAGCCUAUCUGUGGAUUCAUGUAAAGUAGAUUUCAUUUUGACUGUGGACUUUGAUAGCAAGGCCUCUUACUACGCAUCCUGCUCAGGGCUUUCUCUUAAGCUUUUGUACAGUUUCAUGUUUACCUAAUAAAUAAAACGAAAUAAAAGCACCAUAAUGAAUCUA